UCGAAAUUUUCCACUGCGCGAAACCAGUUCUGGCGAGAAAGUUGCAAGAAUUCGCGACUCUGGUCGCAGUUCAGCGAAUGUCCUCCUGACCAACGCCAUGGCUAUAAUAGCGCAAGGACUAUGUGUGCCGCAGAGGUAUGUGUUGGCCUUCAUGGGGUUCCUCGCCAUCGCCAACGGCUACAUCCAGAGGUUCUGCCUGAGUCUCGCCAUCACGGAGAUGGUUGUCCCCCACGACAGGGAGGAUCACGAUGCAGAUGAUAUGGUAGACUUGUCGUCCUGCCCCUACCAGUCCGUCAACUCCUCCAUCACCGACGCCAUCAUCCAUACCUCGACACAAUUCGACUGGUCGGAGCGGACCCAGGGUGUCAUCCUGAGUGCGGUGUUCUGGGGCUACGUCCUGACCCAACUGCCGGGAGGUCUGCUUGCCGAGAGGUUGGGCGGAAAGCACGUGUUGGGAGUUGGGCUGCUGGUAUCGACGUUGGGCACUCUGCUCACCCCGGAGGUCGCCAACCUGGGACCUUACUGGCUGGUAGCUGUUCGCUUCUGUAUAGGGUUAGGCCAGGGUGUGAUGUACCCGUCCCUGAACGUGAUGUUGGCCCAGUGGGCGCCUCCCCAGGAGAGAGGGAGGCUGGGGGCUGCCAUCUUCGCUGGAGCCCAGAUCGGGAACGUGGUCUCGAUGGCGGUGGGCGGUCUACUGAUGCGAUACACGGAGGGUGGUUGGGUCAACGUCUUCUAUGUCUUCGGCGCUAUAGGACUCGUCUGGCUCGCGUUAUGGGAGAUUCUGUGCUACAGUGAGCCUGAGAGCCAUCCGUUCAUCAGCGACGAGGAGAAGCAAUUCCUCAUGACUCAGUCGGUGGGGCAACUCAAGAGGCGAAAGGAUCUGCCGCCUACACCUUGGCGUUACAUCUUCACAUCGGUACCGCUCUGGGGUCUCAUCAUCGCUCAGAUCGGACACGACUGGGGUCUCUUCACCAUCAUCACCGAUCUGCCCAAGUACAUGAAGAGUGUCAUGCACUUCUCCAUCGCUCAGAACGGUAUCCUGUCAGCCGCUCCAUACCUGGCCAUGUGGAUAUUUGCUGUUAUCUGUGGAGGACUUGUUGACUUCUUGGUCUCCAGAAAAAUUCCAAUCACGACUGUCCGCAAGAUCUUCAUUUCGAUAGCCGCCUCUGGUCCAGCCUUUGGUAUCCUAGCCGCCACGUACUCCGGCUGUGACAAGGUCCUGGUUUCGAUGUUCUUCACGAUCGGCAUGGGUCUGAUGGGUGCCUUUGUGCCCAGUCUGAAGGUGAACGCCCUUGACCUCAGCCCCAACUACGCCGGUACUCUCAUGGCUCUUGUUGGAGGUAUAGGAGCGAUCUCCGGUAUCAUCACUCCCUACUUGGUCGGCCUUCUAACACCAAACAGCACCUUGCUGGAGUGGCGACUUGUCUUCUGGAUCGCCGUGAUCGUGCUGGUGUCGACAAACGUGGUCUAUCUCCUGGUAGGAUCCGCAGAGGUCCAGGAAUGGAACGACCCCUUGGCUCUGGAGGACGGCAGGAAGCCGAGUAUCAUCCCCAGGAAGCCCAGCCACCAGGAGAAGUUCUCCCCCAACGGACUGGAGUCUGGAGCCGUGGCCACGUGAGACACCGGACUGGACAGGAUUUGAAGACUUGAAGGGGAGUUGGAGGACCGACUAUGCCUCCUUGACUCUUGGGUGGAUCUUCCAGCGUUGUGAAGAUCUGGAUUAAACUAACUAAGUUCUUUUCCGUUAUUCUCCUCUCGGUAACUAAAUAUGGAGACCAGUUUAAUCUGGUGAUCUUCUUAUGU